CGCGCCACGGCAAGCAUGAGCCAGUAUUUCUUGGAUAUUUGUUGUACUUUUCGAUACAGUGCACUAUAAUUUUACUUCUGAUUAUUUUGUAGACACAGAGUGUCUAAUUUAUCAUCUUAUCGAGUUUCAAUUAAUGUAAAUAUUCCGGUUAAACACAUUUAAAGAAGCGAUAUCCUCAAGACGCUCGCCAAACAAAGUUUACAAAAAAUAUAUCUUACUGUUAAAUAUAAUCCAUUUUUCGGUAGGUUUGGUAUUCUUGCUUUUCGCAGUCGUGGAUGUCAAUCGAAUAACAAAUACUGCACUUCAAGACCUGGGUAAUUCCACUAACAUGACUGAAAAGUAAACGCGGACUAUGACGUUGGGACCGAUAACAUUCUAAUCUUUGAGCGAGAUUAGCUCAUCCUGUUUUUUGUCUCUGGAUUUUGGGCAUCCCAUCUUUUGACUGCGAAUUUGUGUGUGUUUGUAAUAGGCAUGCAGUCAAACGGCAGCACAGCUUCAGGUGAAUUUAAAUGGAAACGUAGUGAUGAGUCCUUCGCCUUUAACUUUCUCUUGGAGUCCAUACCCUCUGGGACCCACAACACCAUGGCUCCCGAGAAAGCCCAGUCUACUGAGGGCACGGGGUCAGAUUCAACUUCAGGUUUCACCUUAAACUUCCAAAUUCCUACAGGAACAGAAGGGACAACACACAGUAGCGAGCUGCAAGUCGAGGCCAUGGAAGCAGAAAAUACAGAAGCGGCAACAACUCAAAGCACAGAGCCAAUCCCAGACACUUCAAACACUAAAACUGGGAAAAAGAAGAAGAAGAAGAAGAAGAAGGAGGAAGGAGCAGAGGACAAACCACAGAAAACCAUGAAUAAAGCAACGGAGGAAGCUCCAAAAGAAGAGAGCACAGAACUGACUCCGGAGCAGCAGUUGAGCAGAGAACUGGAUUGGUGCAUUGAGCAGCUGGAGCUGGGACUGAGAACUCAAAAAUCAUCAAACAAGCAAAGAGAGGAGGCCAUUCGUGCUUUGAAGACCCUGCAUAGCUCCAGAGCUCCCGUAGUGAAAAAGAGGCAGGUGAUGAGAGCUGUAUCCGGAGAUUACAGAAGGAAGAUGGAAGCGGAGAGGGACAGACAAUUCAAGCUCAUACACUCAGCAAUGACUUCAGCAAGGGUCACUGCUGUGUCAGAACCCUCCCACAAACCUGUGUUCUGCUACCGUGCUUCAUCAAGUAGACAGACAACUGCCAUUGCGGAAAACCCACGGGGUACUUGUGGACUUUCUGUUGAGCCUGUGGAAGGAGAAAAUGAGAGUUUCGUUUUACGACCAUCACACGAAGAAUUUCGCUUCAACUUUGACCUAUGAUCAGAUGCUGUGAGCAUGGAUGUGGUUCUUUUACCCACAUAACUUGCACCUUCAUUUGAAUCAUACAUUGCAGAAUCAAAGUACAUCAUUUUGGACCUAGGUAUUUUUAUCAUGUUAUGAAGUGAGUUUGGGUCGGUCAUGACUUUGGUCAAUAAAGAUUAAAAACGUA